UGAAAAAUGUCCCAAAAAAAAAAAAGAUGUCGCUGGGGCGAGACGAUUCCUCUGACAGCAGAUCACCAUCGAUCAAAAUGGAGCUUGAUGUGGCUUUUCUCCGAUCCAUCAGGGGUAUCCUGAAGGUGGGCGAGCUGGUGACCGCUUUCGUAGCGAUGGUGUGUUUCGCGACGGCAGCCGGCUCGACUUACAUCGCCGCCAGCUGCUUGGAGCUCCUGAUAACUGCCGCCCUGCUCGUCCUUUACGUCUUAAAACUCAACAAGAAAUUCACCUUCUUCUUCUGGCCUCUCAUCGAUGUUUUUAACUCAGUCUUUGCGGCCAUCUUCAUGUUCAUCAUCUGCGUAACCGCUGUCUCCCUUCACUCAGCCAAAGGAAUUCUGGGAGGUGGGAUAGUGGGCUUGAUGGCAACAGCCCUGUGGUGUGGAGACGCCUUCCUGCUCUUCAGAAGGAUCACGUUCAACCAAGCAAGGACCACGUCGGUUCAAAGGAAAUGAAGGCUUUGUGUUAACAGGGGCUCUCACUGCUGAGUGUAUGUGCCGGCUGGUUGCUGUUGAGCGCCCAAUACAAUCACCGUGGAAUACUGGUCUGUUCUGUUUUGGACCGGAAAUGGGAAUUACAGUCCCUCCAUAAUGUUUGGAACAAAGAAAUAUAUAUAUUUUUUAAUUAUUUGGUGGUGUACGCCACAAUUUUAGAUUUGUAAUCAAAUAAAUCACGUGAACU